CUUGUUCACGCCCCUCUCACGGUUGAUGUUCACGACGCCGAUGCAACUGCUAUCCUCCAUCAUACCUCUUCCUCUGUACACGGACGCGAUCUGCUGACCACUGCCAGCCGCGAUCUGCGGGUUGCUGCUGCUGCUGCCGCCCGCGCCGACGAGCGCCAGCGUCGCAUCGAGUUCAAGGAGUCCCAGGCCCGUGCCCGCGAGUCCCAGCGUGUUGCUGCGGCUACUGAAGCCGAGCGUCGCCGCGCUGAAGUCGCUGCUCAAAAGGCUGCUCACGCCCGUGCUCUUGAAGCUGCCCGCACCGCUGUCCUUGCCGAACGCGAGGCCAAGGCCGGCAGCCCACGCGAGCGCGCUGCCCGUGAUGCGCUCCUACGUGCCAUGAAGAACGACGAACAAGCCGCAGUCCGUGCCCACGUCCGUGCUCUCCGCCGCACCCGCUCCCACAUGCAUGAUGCUGCACGCCGCCGCAAGGUCUGGUCUGCCGACGAGGCCCGUCGCCACGCCCGCAUGUCGUCGAGCCUCAAGCGCCGCCUCGCCCAACACGACGCCCUUCUCCUUGACCUUGCACCGCUUGAGCCGCGCCCAGUCACCGCCUCUGCCGACGCCCGACGCCCAGGCUCGCAUCUAGUUCGCAUGCCUACCCCACCGUCUCCGGUCAUCGACUCUUCAGUCCGCCGCGGCACCGUCUCCGCUUUGGCUGGCAUGGCCGGCAUCGCGCCCUCGGUCGUCUCCCAGCUCGCCGAAGAUCUCAUCCGCGAGCGUGGCGGUGGCGCUCUUCCCCGCGCCACAAUGUCCCCGCACCCAGACUCGCCCGCUGCUCACAUCACCGUCCGUGUCCCGUCAAUCCCCACCGCCUCGCCGUAGCGCUCGCUCCAAAUCCGCCUGCCUGCCUG